UUUAUUCAAAUAUUGCGAAAUUUGUUAUGUAUGCACUUCUGCUCAUUUGUAUGCAUUUAAAAUUAACAGUGUGGCAUCUCUAUCUUUUUAUUUUAGCAUUCGGAGUGGUGUGCUUGGGUAAAUAUAUUUGCGGCAAAGCAGCAAACCAUCAAAAGUUUUGUUGAAAAAGUUUGCAAGUUUAGAGUUUUGUUAAAUAUUUCUGUUUAUUGGCUUAGUCCAUCUCUGUUCAACAUACCAAAAAAAAAAAUAUAUAUUUCUGUUAAAAGAAAGAAGAAAUUGUUCAAUUUUCGUAAUAGAAGCUGAAGUUAAGUAGAAUUUCACAAUGGAGAUAAAUGAAGCAAAUUUGCAGCAAUUGGCCGGCUAUUUGCAGCAGACGCUUAGUCCAGAUCCUAAUAUAAGGAGACCGGCCGAAAAAUUACUAGAAUCUAUUGAAGCGGAACGUCACUAUCCUGUAUUGUUAUUGAAUUUAAUUGACAAAAACGACAUGGACGUGACCACACGUGUGGCUGGCUCCAUAGCUUUUAAAAAUUAUAUUAAACGUAACUGGGCUGCCCAUGAAGAUUCUGACGGCCCAGAUAAGAUUCAUUCAGAAGAUCGCGAAGCCAUAAAAAAAUUAAUUGUUAACUUAAUGUUGCGUUCUGCGCCGGCUUUACAGAAGCAAUUAAGUGAUGCCGUUAGCAUAAUUGGUAAACACGAUUUCCCCAAGAAGUGGCCUUAUCUUAUAGAUGAAAUGGUAGAGAAAUUUUCUACUGGUGAUUUUAACGUUAUAAACGGUGUGCUACAAACUGCUCAUUUAUUAUUCAAACGAUAUCGUUACGAAUUUAAAUCUCAAGCUUUGUGGGAAGAAAUAAAAUUUGUACUAGAUCGCAUAUCUAAGCCCUUAACCGAUCUAUUAUUAGCUACCAUGCAACUGAGAAAAGCACAUGAAAAUAAUGUCGAAGCCUUAAGAGUUAUUUAUGGUUCUUUGGUAUUGGUGUGUAAGGUUUUCUUAUCACUAAACUCGCAAGACUUGCCAGAAUUUUUUGAAGACAAUAUGCCAACAUGGAUGAAAGCGUUUCACGAAUUACUUACAGUAGAUGUGGCUUGCUUGCAUACCGGUGAAAACGAGGAGGCUGGUGUUCUUGAACAUUUGCGUUCACAGAUAUGCGAGAAUAUUGGCUUAUACGCUCAAAUGUAUAAUGAAGAAUUUGGGGCUUAUAUGGAAACAUUUGUUACUGCAGUUUGGGAGCUUUUGCUAAGAACGGGCAUGCAGCCAAAGUAUGAUGCGUUGGUUUCCAAUGCUUUGCAAUUCCUCUCGGUGGUAGCCGAACGUAAUCAUUAUCGAAAAAUUUUUGAGAAUCCUGAAAUACUUGCUAAUAUUUGCGAAGGCGUGGUUAUACCUAAUUUAGACUUUCGACAGUCUGACGAAGAACUCUUCGAAGACAGCCCGGAGGAAUACAUAAGACGUGACAUUGAAGGCUCGGAUGUGGAUACUAGACGUCGGGCUGCCUGCGAUUUAGUUAAAACUCUAUCGCAAAAUUUUGAGGAUAAAAUAUUUGCUAUAUUUGGUCGAUAUUUGGAAAUUUUGUUGAAUAAGUAUAAGGAGAAUCCUACGCUUAAUUGGAAAGCGAAAGACACCGCCAUUUAUUUGGUUACAUCGUUUGCCUCACGUGGUGGCACUCAAAAACAUGGUGUUACACAAGUUUCUGAACUGGUACCGUUGCCGGAAUUUUGUGCUCAACAGAUUAUACCAGAAUUGGAAAGAGCGAAUAUUAAUGAAGUUCCUGUUUUAAAGUCGGCCGCAUUAAAAUUUGUCAUGGUAUUCCGCAGUUUGCUCGGUCAACAAACUUUGCUCAUUUGUAUGCCACAUCUGAUACGCCAUUUACCUGCUGAAAGCGUAGUUGUGCACAGUUAUGCCGCUUGUGCCAUUGAGCGAAUAUUAGCCAUGAGAGAUCCGAGUAACAAUUUGCUUAUGACACCACAACUUUUGGCUCCUUUUACUAAUGAUUUAUUGGCACGUUUAUUUGCUACUCUGACAUUACCUGGAUCGACGGAAAAUGAGUACGUCAUGAAAGCUAUUAUGCGAAGUUUUUAUUCCCUGCAAGAGGGUACUUUGCCUUAUAUGGAAGUGGCUUUACCCAGACUCACAGGAAUACUAUCUAUGGUGGCAAAGAAUCCCUCUAGACCUCAUUUUAAUCACUAUUUGUUUGAGACUUUGUCUCUGGCCAUAAGAAUUGUUUGCAAUGCUGAGCCUGCUGCUGUGAGUUCCUUUGAAGAAGUCUUAUUCCCGGUAUUUCAAGGCAUUUUACAGCAGGAUAUUUUGGAGUUUAUGCCUUACGUAUUUCAAAUGCUUUCCCUACUUUUGGAGAUACGUGAAAAUUCUGGUUCCAUAUCAGAACCGUAUUGGGCUUUGUUUCCUUGCCUUUUGGCUCCUCCUCUUUGGGAUCGAUCAGGCAAUGUAACACCUCUUAUAAGACUGAUAAGUGCAUUUAUUAAGCAAGAUUCCAAUCAUGUUGUAGCACUUGGGAAAUUGAGUGCCAUCUUGGGUAUAUUCCAGAAAAUGAUUGCUUCGAAGUCCAAUGACCAUGAAGGAUUUUACCUUUUGCAAAAUCUCUUAAAUUAUUAUCCUUUAAGUGAAUUGCAAAGCAAUAUGCGACAGGUCUUUGCUUUACUAUUCCAGCGCUUGUCCCUUUCAAAGACAACUAAAUAUGUACGCGGUAUUAUAGUUUUCUUUUGCUAUUAUGCUUCGAAAUUGGGUGCUUCCGCUUUAGUGGAACUUAUCGAUCAAAUUCAGGCCAAUAUGUUUGGAAUGGUAAUUGAGCGUGUAUUUAUUACCGAUAUGACUAAGGUAACCACCGAAUUAGAUCGCAAAAUUGUUGCAGUGGGCAUCUCAAAAAUUCUUACUGACUGCCCAGCCAUGCUUUCGCAGCCCUAUGUACAAUACUGGUCUAAAUUAUUGCAAUCUUUGGUAGAGCUCUUUGAAUUGCCACCAGACAAGACUAUUUUGGACAGUGAUAAUUUUGAGCCUGACAAUGCUGGUGGUUAUCAGGCUGCUUUCUCGCAAUUAACUUAUGCUCAGCCAAAGGUACAAGAUCUUCUUCCUGAUGUCAGCGACGGUCGAAAAUAUUUAGCAGACUCUUUAAAUAAAUUAUCACAAUCUCGCCCUGGCGAAGUAUCUCAGCUGGUGGCGUCCAUUGGUGAUAACUACAAGCAAGCUUUACAAAAGUACUGCGAUGAAGCAGGUGUGCGCAUAAUUUAAGAAGUCUCAAUUAUUCUAUUUUUUUUUUUUUUUUUAAAUUCUUUUUUACUCAUUCCUUCCCAUUGUCGCUAAUUUUGCCUUUAAAUUAUGAUUGAUUCUUUUAUGUUAAACCGUUUAUACUCUAAAUUCUUUUUCUUUAAUGAGUUUUUUACUUUAUUAGUUCUUUAUUAUAUAUAAUACAGAAAAAACAAAAAAGAUGAUAUAAUAAACUAAGAAACAUUACUUGUUUGAUACAACACCACAA